AUGCAGCAUCAGAGCAUAGCAGAUCUUUACUUUGCUUCCUGCGACCUAAUCAAUCCUCUCCAGACCCGGAUCAAGGUGUAUUUUGCUGAGGUAGAAGUCACUUUUACAAAGAUAACCGAAAACUGGACUCUGAGUGGUAUGGUUACCAACCAAAAGACUCUGGAGGGGUUGCAGAUGCUCCGCGAGCUGUGGAAAGACUUAUGCAUCGUUGAAGGCAAGCGGUCUCUCUCCGACAGACCGACUCAGCCUGGAGAUCCAGAAACACUUAAACUACCCUCUCACCGGGAUCCGGAAAUGAGAAUCGCCAACGCGUUGACUGCCUUCUUUCAGCGUCAUCGUAUGCAAAAUCAGUCUGCUGCCUACACCAAUAACCUCAAGUCCUACUAUCCUGGCAAGGAUUUGGACGUUGCCACGGACCAUCAGGCCUGGCUUUCAUUUUCUUAUACGAAGAAAAAGGGACCGUAUCUCACCAUUUAUUACCAUUAG